AUGUACAACGGGGUAGGGUUACAGACCGCUAGAGGAUCAGGGAUGAAUGGGUUUGAGGAUGAUCAAUUUACUGUUGGUGUAUCUAAGAAACACAAUAAAGCUAUCCUAGAGCAUGAACAUAAGCGUCAGAUCCAUCUCAAGCUUGCUAUCCUUGAGGAUAAGCUUGUUGAUCAGGGUUAUUCGGAUGCUGAGAUUGCCCAGAAGCUUGAGGAGGCUAGGGUGAAUCUUGAAGUUGCUGCUGCUGCUAAUGAAGAGAGUGUCGUAUGA